CUUUAUAAAGGCAAGGGACCCGUGGCUGUGCCACAUUGUAAUCGCGAGGCUUCACUGAGAUGGAGCUCAAGUGCGCCUUAGUGUUGACCCUCGUGGGUGUUGCGGCAUCCAGUCCUUAUAAUAGCUAUGGAGUUAAGGGCGGCGCGGGGGCUAAAGCCGAUGCAGCAGCGCUAGCAGGUGCUUUUAGUGGCGCUGGAAACGUCCCCGCUGGUGCCGGAUUUUCGGGCAGUUUUUCAAAAUCCUCGGCCUCCAGCUUUGCCUCAUCGAGUGCUAGUUCCAGUUCAAAUUCAUUCAGCUACAGCGGUAGUGGUUCCUUUGGCCCGGGAGGUGCGGGUUGCACUUCCGGAGGGUGUCAGAAGAGCCCAGACGGUCAACCUGGAAACGGUAUUCCAGCAUUCAGUGGUGCGAACGCGGGGGCUAUAGCAUCAGCAGGCGCAAUCGCUGGGGCGUAUUCACCUAAUGGUGCUCCUUGCACUAGUGGUGCGUGUUCAGGUCAGAAACCCUCAGGCUGUCAAGGAUCUAACUGCGGUGACGCUACCAAAUGUACUUCAGGAAAAUGUGACACGCCAUCAUCAAACGAUGGACCAGAAGAUGACGGAAAUGACAUUCAUGUAAAUGUUGCUGGCACGGCCGCUUCGAAAACUACUGAAAAUGCUGAAGGAUCUCAGUACGACAAAUCUUCCGAUAGCUAUCAACCUUUCGGUUGUUCCAAUGGAAACUGUGGAUCGCCGUCCUCUACAAAACCAUCAUACCCGCAAACGAACCCUGGUGCAGGACCCGAUUAUUCCAAGCCUAAAUGUGAAUCGCCAAAUUGCAAUAGUAAUUAUAAUCCUCAGAGUGGAGCACAGGGUAAUGCAGACGUAACUGUACCUGCUAAAGAUUUGACGGCUCCGAAAGAAUACCCCAAUCCAGGAACUGGGCGAUUGCCUUUGAAUAACAAUGCUUACCAAAACGCCCCUUCAGCGAAUGGUAAAGUUGGUCAGUGCUCUUCCGGAAAGUGUGAUAAUAAACAUCCGGAUGUUGUAUACAAUCCCGCUAAUGGUGAUUCUUAUUCAACUAGUUAUUUAGGCCCCAAUUUCCCUACACAAUCGACGAAUAGCAACAAAGGAAACUGUGCAUCCGGAAAUUGUGGCACGUAUCCCUCUUCCGGUUCUAAUCCGUCAGCCCCUGGUUAUGCCCCGACAUCGGCCGGCCCCAAUGGAAACUGUGUUGGUGGAAAUUGUGGUAGCUAUCCGUCAAUCGCACCUGCUCCUGCAGGAGCGUAUCCCGGACCCAGCAAAGCCCCAGGCUAUUCACAAUCGCCUACUACUAAUGCUGGUUGCACUAGCGGAAAUUGCGGUACUUACCCUUCCUCUGCACCUAGCCCUACCGGUUCUUAUUCACAAACGCCAUCGGGCCCUAAUAGCAACUGUGCCAACGGUAAUUGUGGGAGUUAUCCUACAUCUGCUUCAAGCUCUGCGGGAUCUUAUGCAGGUUCCAAAGCUCCCGGCUAUUCAUCUGGACCAUCAGCUCCUAGUGGUAACUGUGCUAAUGGAAAUUGUGGCAGUUAUCCUUCUUCAGCCCCCAGUGCUACGGGAUCUUACCCAGGCUCCACAGCCCCAGGCGUUUUGCCUACGCCGACUUCUAACGGCAACUGUGCUAACGGAAACUGCGGCAGUUAUCCUUCACCUGCCCCAAGCGCGGGAUCUUAUGCCGGUUCCAAACCGACAAGUUUUUCACCUUCUGCCCCUAGUAGCAACUGCGCUAACGGAAACUGCGGCUCCUACCCUUCAGCUGCUCCAAGCGCUGCGAGUUCGUAUGCAGGUUCCAAACCUACCAGCUAUUCACCUACGGCUUCUGCUCCCGGUAGCAGCUGUGCCAAUGGAAACUGCGGCACCUAUCCUUCAUCUGCCCCAAGUGCUGCGGCAUCUUAUGCAGGUUCCAAACCCACAAGCUAUUCACCUACGCCUUCUGCUCCCGGUAGCAGCUGUGCCAAUGGAAACUGCGGCACCUAUCCUUCAUCUGCCCCUAGCGCUGCGGGAUCGUAUUCAGGUUCUAAACCCACAAGCUAUUCACCUACGCCUUCAGCUCCGGGUAGCGACUGUGCCAACGGAAACUGCGCCACGUAUCCUUCUUCUGCCCCUAGUCCUGCGGGAACUUAUCCAGAUUCAAAAGUCCCUGGUUAUUCAUCUUUGCCGUCAGGUCCUAGCGGCAACUGUGUUAAUGGCAAUUGUGGCAAUUUCCCCUCGUCAGCAGCCAGUCCCACAGGAGCUAGCACUUAUCCAGGAUCAAAAUUCCCAAGUUAUUCGCAAGGAACAUCACCUACAAUCCCAUCAGCGAGUGCAACUGCUCCCACCAAUUGUGGGACUCCUAACUGUGUCGGUUCUUCCGCACAGCCUAGCCCAGGAGCAAUUACCAAACCAAGUAUUACAUAUGCUCCUCCAUUUACUUCACCUUCUAACUCUGGCCCUUACGGUGCGGCGGCUGGUGCCAAUGCUGGAGCGGGACCUUUGGGUGUUUCUAAACCAGCUAGCGGAACAUAUCCCUCUUCCGAAGAAAAAUUGCCUUCUUAUACCGGUGGCUUCGGCGCCCCACCCGGAAUUUUAAAACCUAACGAUUUUUCACUACCUUCUAAACCUGCAUUCCCAACAGGUCAAAAUCCUACAAGUCAACCCGCGCACCCUAGCACAAGCGCCAUCCCGUCCACUACACAUGGAGUAGCUCCAACGUCUCCCACUUCCAAUUUUUACAAUAAACCUUCCUGCACAUCUGGGAAUUGCGGAGCUCAACCAAGUCAGUCUUCCCCUUCAUAUGGUGCUGGCAACGCGAACAAGGGUAUAGCUGGGGCUGCCGCCGGUGCAAGUGCGUCAGCCAGUGCCAACGCUGUUGCAUACUCAGGAGGGUUUGGCGGUCCACCGGGGCUUCUGAAACCUUAUGAUGAGGGGAAACUGGGAAGCAAACCAGGCGCUUUUCAAAACGGCCUUGAGGCUGGUAGUUUCGGCAAUAACGGAAACAGCAAUAACCUGAAUGCAGGAACUGGAAACCAUUCGCCUUAUAAUUCCCCGAAUGGAGGUGGAAGUGGAUCGCAGGCUGGUGCUGGAGCACAUGCAGCUGCCGGGGCUGCUGCAGGUGCAUUUAGCUCUGGAAGUAAUCAAGGUGGUCAUAAUGGAUGCGGUGGUGGUUGUGGCGGAAGUGGAGGCAGUGGCGGCAGUCCGUAUGGAAACUUCGCGCUGAGUAACAGUGGUGCGAUCGCAUCCGCGAAGAGUCUCGGUGGAGCCACCAGCGGGGCGUACAGCCAAGCUGGCAGCUUUGCGAGCAGUUCCGCUAACGCGCAUGCUUCUGCCGGAUUUCCUACUAAAGGAGGUUACGGAAGAAGAUAACUUUAAUUACUUCACGACAAGACUCCAUACAUGGGCAAGUAAGGCACCCAAGGCCUAUAUGUGACGACCUGAUUUAAUUUAAUUCAUUAACUAUAAUAAUUAUUUAAUCAUUAGGAGAUCUGAGUACGGACUUAUUGU